AUUGGCGACCACCAUAGACAAAGACAGGAGGUCACUAUGCUACGAAAUGCAAUACUUGUGCAUGCGCACUUCUCAAAUCUUAGUCUUAAUCCUAGAAAAAUUAAAAGAUGCGAACUUUCAAGGUCAUGUCUUAAGACCUCCUUACGACUAGGGAUUUUUAUAAACCGAUACAUUACAUUCUGUACAUUUAACUUAUUAGGACUAAGAUUAAGGCCUAUAUAUACACAUGAACAUAUUAAAUAAGUAAAUAUAAAUAAUCUGAUGACGACUGGCAAUCAGAAUCUUCCCGUAUCCCAAAUUUUAAAGUCAAAAAGUGAAAUAGAAAAUGAACCCAAGAAAAAAUCGCGAGAGGACUGGCGUAAGGCUAAGGAAUUGGAAGAAGCCCGAAAAGCUGGUACUGCGCCAGCAGCUGUCGAUGAAGAAGGAAAAGAUAUAAAUCCUCAUAUUCCUCAAUAUAUUUCAAGUGCUCCUUGGUAUUAUGGAACAACAGGACCCACUUUAAAACAUCAGAGACCUCAAGAGGAAAAGCAGAAGAAAUUUUCUGAUAUCAAUGAAUGGUACAGUCGAGGUGUUGACACGACCAAUAUAGUUACAAAGUAUCGUAAAGGAGCUUGUGAGAAUUGUGGAGCUAUGACUCAUAAGAAAAAGGAUUGUAUGGAGAGACCACGAAAAGUGGGAGCAAAAUAUUCAGGUGCAAAUAUUGCACCUGAUGAAUUUGUUCAAAAAGAUUUAUCACUAAGUUUUGAUGGAAAGAGAGAUCGUUGGAGUGGUUACGAUCCAUCAGAACAUAAAGCUGUUAUUGAAGAAUUCCAAAAAGUUGAGGAAGCUAAAAGGCAUUUAAAAGCAGAGAAAUUGAAUGCCAAUGAAGAUACUGAUGGUGAUGAUGAAGAUAAAGAUGAGGAUAAAUAUGUUGAUGAAGUGGAUAUGCCUGGAACAAAAGUUGAUAGCAAACAAAGAAUUACUGUAAGGAAUUUAAGGAUUCGUGAAGACACGGCAAAAUAUUUGAGAAAUCUAGAUCCAUCUUCAGCUUAUUAUGAUCCCAAAACUAGAUCUAUGAGGGAAAAUCCCAAUCCAAGUAACGAUGACACUUACCAAGGAGAGAAUUUUGUUCGCUUUACUGGUGACACAACAAAUCAUGCAAAAGCCCAAGUAUUUGCUUGGGAAGCAUAUGAAAAGGGAGUCGAUGUUCAUCUUUUGGCAGAACCAACAAAACUUGAAUUAUUGAAAAAGGAGUAUGAGAAAAAAAAGGAACAAUUUAAAACCAAAGUACAAAGCAGUAUUUUGGAUCGCUAUGGUGGAGAAGAACAUUUGCAGGCUCCUCCUAAAUCGUUACUUCUAGCUCAAACUGAAGAUUAUGUUGAAUAUUCUAGAUCAGGUCGAAUAAUUAAAGGAACUGAGAAAGAAGUAAUAAGAUCUAAAUAUGAAGAGGAUGUAUAUAUUAACAACCACACCUCCAUUUGGGGUUCUUACUGGAAGGAUGGACAGUGGGGCUAUAAAUGUUGUCAUUCAUUCAUCAAAAAUUCAUAUUGUCUUGGAGAAUCAGGUCAAAAGAUAAAUAAGUCGGUGGAGUCUAAUAAAAUAGAAAAUAACGGAAAAGAAACACAUAAAUCGGAUAAACAAAACGAUACUUCAAGUGAGGAAAGUGUAGAAAUUAAAAAUGAGAAGAAAAAGAAACGAAAAGGAAAGAAGGAAAAGAGAAAAGACAAGUUGAAAGAAGCUCUAAAAGCUGAAGAAACAAAUAAAAAAAAUGCCGAUAAGCUUCUUGCAAUGGACGAAAGGAAAAGGCCCUACAAUAGCAUGGUUGAAGUUGUAAAACCAACAGAAGAAGAAAUGGAAGCAUAUUAUUUAAAAAGAAGACGAGAGGAUGAUCCAAUGAACCAAUUUUUAUAAGUGCAAAUCUGUAUAUUUGUUAAUAUAAUAUGUUUAAUUUA